CUCUUCCUUCAUUUGCUAGCAUCACAAUCUCAUCACAGAGAGACAACCAAACAAUCUCUUUGUUUUGUGGUUAGAAUUCGUGGUGUAGGGUUGGUAGGUGAGAUUGUACUUUUCUCAGAGAGAAACAGCAAUGUCGGAGGAAGAGAAGUUGUUGAAGGAGGCAAAGAAAUUGCCAUGGGAGAAUCGUCUCUUUCACAAGAAUUGGAAGGUGCGCAGCGAAGCAAACAUUGAUUUGGCUUCGUUAUGCAACUCAAUAACCGAUCCUAAAGACUCUCGCAUCCGCGAAUUUGGCCGUUUUUUCAAGAAGACCGUGGUUGAUUCGAAUGCGCCGGUGCAGGAGAAGGCUCUGGACGCGUUGAUUGCGUACUUGCGAGCCGCAGAUGCUGACGCCGGGAGGUAUGGGAAGGAGGUAUGUGAUGCCGUUGUGGCUAAAUGUCUGACAGGAAGGCCGAAGACGGUGGAAAAAGCUCAGAUAGUGUUUUUGCUAUGGGUGGAAUUAGAGGCCGUGGAUGCAUUUCUGGAUGCAAUGGAGAAAGCAAUAAAAAAUAAAGUUGCUAAAGCUGUGGUACCAGCAAUAGAUGUUAUGUUUCAAGCUUUAAGUGAAUUUGGAGUGAAAAUUGUACCCGCAAAAAGAAUUUUGAAGAUGCUUGCGGAACUUUUUGAUCAUCAAGAUCAAAAUGUUCGUGAGUCUGCUAAAGGGUUGACUAUUGAACUUUGUCGUUGGAUUGGUAAAGAUAGUGUGAAGUCAAUUUUGUUUGAAAAAAUGAGAGACACAAUGAAGAAAGAGCUAGAAGCAGAACUUGUAAAUAUUAACCGUACAACACAACCAACCCGUAAAAUAAGAUCUGAGCAAGGAAAAGAAUCCCAACCAGAAGUUAUGUCAGAUGAUUUGGGUUCUGGUCCUAUUGAAAAUGCUGAGAACAAUGUUUCCCAAGAAAUUGAUGAAUUUGAACUUGUUGAUCCUGUUGAUAUAUUGACUCCAUUGGAGAAGUCAGGAUUUUGGAAGGGAGUGAAAAGCACCAAAUGGUCUGAAAGGAAGGAAGCUAUUGCUCAGCUAACAAAGCUUGCAUCAACUAAAAGAAUUUCUCCUGGUGAUUUCUCAGAAGUUUGUCGGACCUUAAGGAAGCUUAUUUCAGAUGUGAAUAUUGCUGUUGCAGUUGAAGCUGUUCAGGCUAUUGGCAAUCUUUCUCGUGGAUUAAGAACUCAUUUUUCUGCGAGUUCUCGUUUUCUAUUGCCUGUUUUGCUUGAAAAAUUGAAGGAGAAAAAACCUGCUUUGGCUGAGGCAUUGUCACAGACUCUUCAAGCGAUGCAUAAAGCUGGAUGCAUCAGCCUCAUAGAUAUUGUUGAAGAAAUCAAGACAGCCACCAAAAACAAAGUCCCUCUUGUGCGAUCGUUAACCUUGACCUGGGUGACAUUUUGUAUCGAAACAAGUAACAAAGGUGUUAUUGCAAAGGUGCACAAGGAUUAUGUGCCAAUCUGUAUGGAGUGCCUAAAGGACGGCACUCCUGAAGUCAGGGAUGCUGCCUUUUCAGCAUUGGCAGCAAUAGCUAAGUCGGUUGGCAUGAGACCUCUGGAAAGGUCUUUGGAGAAACUUGAUGAUGUUAGGAGAAAGAAGCUUUCGGAAAUGAUUUCAGGAUCUGAAGAUGCUGUGCCUGGUCGUUCUUCUGCAGGUUUUACCUCUGAAAGUGCAUUUGUCAAAAGAUCAGCUGCAAGCAUGCUUAGUGGAAAGAGACCUGUUCAGUCACUUCCUGUCACUAAGAAAAAGGGUGCUGUAAAGUCUGGGACAAAGAAAAAAACAGAUGUAGUUGCACGAGUGAAGGCUUCGAAAUCAGUUGAACAACAUGAGGAUGUUGAGCCUACUGAGAUGAGUCUAGAAGAGAUUGAAAGCCGAGUAGGUUCUCUCAUACAGUCAGAUACUAUAAAUCUACUAAAAAGUGCGGCGUGGAAAGAGCGUUUGGAAGCCAUUUCUUCACUGAAAGAGCAAGUAGAAGGCUUACAGGACCUCGACCAAUCAGCAGAAAUUUUGAUUCAUUUACUCUGCACUUUACCUGGAUGGGGCGAGAAAAAUGUUCAGGUUCAGCUUCAGGUUAUUGAAGUUGUCACUCUUAUAGGUUCAACUGUGGCUAAAUUUCCAAAGAAGUGUGUAGUACUUUGCCUUUCAGGACUAAGUGAACGUGUAGCGGAUAUUAAGACACGUGCACAUGCAAUGCGAUGCCUGAGUACAUUGUGUGAAGUAGUUGGUCCAGGAUUCAUUUUUGAAAGACUUUACAAGAUCGUGAAGGAACAUAAGAAUCCUAAGGUUCUUAGUGAGGGGAUUUUGUGGAUGGUUUCUGCUGUUGAGGAUUUUGGUGUCUCACAAAUAAAUCUUAAGGAUUUAAUUGAUUUUCUUAAAGACAUUGGGUUGCAUUCAAGUGCUGCUGCUACUAGAAAUGCAUCAAUUAAGCUUUUGGGUGUUCUGCACAGAUUUGUUGGUCCAGAAAUUAGAGGGUUUCUUACUGAUGUAAAGCCUGCACUGCUAAGUGCCCUUGAUACAGAAUAUGAGAAGAAUCCAUUUGAGGGAGCAUCUGCAAUUACCAAAAGAACUGUCAGAACAUUAGACUCUUCAUCUGAUGUUACUGGAGGACUUGAUGGGUUGCCUCGCGAAGACAUCAGUGGAAAGAUCACUCCGACUCUCCUGAAGAGCUUGGGAAGCCCUGAUUGGAAGGUUCGUGUGGUUUCUGUUCAUGCUGUAGACAAAAUAUUGGAAGAGGCAAAUAAUCGCAUUCAAGCGACUGGAACUGUUGAGUUGUUUGGAGCUCUUAGGGGAAGGCUCUUUGAUAGCAACAAAAACAUCGUCACGGCUACCUUGGUGACAGUUGGCAAUGUUGCAUCAGCAAUGGGACAAGCUGCUGAGAAGGCAAGCAAGGGUAUUCUGUCUGAUAUAUUGAAAUGUCUUGGUGACAAGAAUAAGCACACUAGAGAAUGUGCGCUGAAUACUUUAGAUUCUUGGGUGGCUGCUGUUCAUCUUGAUAAAAUGGUGCCAUAUAUUGCAACGGCUUUGAUGGACUCUAGAAUUGGUGCGGUUGGCCGUAGAGAUCUUUUCGAUUGGUUAUCUAAGCAACUUUCUGGGUUAAGUAGUUUUGCUGAAGCUGCAGAACUUCUUAAGCCUGCUUCUUCUGCAUUGACAGAUAAAUCUUUGGAUGUUCGUAAAGCAGGAGAGGCUUGCAUUAAUGAGAUGCUGAGAAUUGGUAGACCUGACAUAAUUGAAAAGGUGGUUAAAGACAUUCACGGACCGGCACUGACACUAAUUCUGGAGAAGUUAAAACCAUAUGGAGAUUUUCAAGAGUCAUUUGAGUCAGCUAAAUCAAUUUCAGUGGAAGCACCACCAAAAUUGAAGGUGCAGAAAUCAACUGCCAGUGGUGUUUCAAAACAGGGAAAUAGAGUUGCAUCUUUGAGAGCUGUGGUAACAAAAGACGCUAAAUCUAAAUCAGUAUCUGUUCAAGAUACAGUGGUUCGGUCUCAAUCCUUGUUGAAUAUCAAGCAUUCAAAUAAGGAAGAAAGAGAGAGAAGAGUGCUUCAAAGAAGCAAGUUUGAGGACCAACGCGCUAAACAGAUUCAAGAUCUUAAGAGUGAUAUGAUGAAGUAUUUCAGAGAGGAUUUAUGUAGGAGACUCUUGAGUGCAGAUUUUAGGAAGCAAGUUGAAGGACUUGAAAUGCUGCAGAAGGCACUUCCGUCCAUUGCUAAGGAAGUCAUAGAAGUUUUGGACAUUCUUCUGAGGUGGUUUGUGUUACAGUUUUGCCAAUCAAACACAACAUAUCUAUUAAAGUUGCUAGAAUUUCUUCAAGAGCUUCUUGACACCUUGAAGGAUGAGGGGUACUCUCUGACAGAAUCUGAAAUGGCGGUGUUUCUUCCAUUCCUAGUAGAGAAGUUAGGGCAUAACAUUGAGAAAGUACGAGAAAAGGUGCGGGAGCUGACCAAACAAUUUGUUGUCAUGUAUUCUGGGUCUAGAUGUUUCCGAUAUAUAUUGGAGGGUUUGCGCUCCAAGAAUAACGACAUAUGGAAAUCUAUUGUUAAGCCAACAGAUGCUGAGAAAAGGAUUUUAGAUGAUAGAUUAAAGUGCAAGGUCUCAAAGAUAAAAAGAAAGGAGGAAGGGAAUAAUGGAGAACCAAGGGCCAUUUUAAGGAGCUCAGUCAAGGGGAAUAGGUCUAAUGUUGCAGAGCAAAGUGGAGAGAUGUCUAGAUCUCUUAGUGAUCCUGUAUUGCGGAAAUGUUAUGGUCAACCUGAUAGUAACAUUGACAGACAGUUGAUUUCCCAUUCUUCAGCUUUUGCCAAUGUACCCAAAGAUUGGAAUGAAGUACUUGAUAUGAUUUCUUUUGGUUCUCCUGAACAGUCUAUUGAUGGAAUGAAAGUUGUUUGUUGUAAGUUACAUCAAGCCACUAAAGAUCCAGAAGGUAUUGUUAUGGAUGAACUUGUGAAAGAUGCAGAUAGGCUAGUUUUAGACCUUGCAAAUAAGGCUGGGAGAACUUUUCACUCUAUUUUGACUGGGGCUUCGUCACGAUGUUGUCAACAUGUGCUUAACACUCUCAUGCAGAUAUUUCAGAAUAAAAGAUUAGCGCAUGCUGUGAAGGAGAGCACUCUUGAAAGUCUCAUUACCGAGCUGCUUCUGUGGCUCUUGGAUGACAGGGUUCCUCGUAUGGAAGAUGGAACCUUGUUGAAAGCAUUGAAUGUAUUGAUUCUUAAGAUUCUGGCUAAUGCAGAUCGUACAUCAUCCUUUGUUGUCUUGAUCAUUCUUUUACGGCCUUUAGAUUCAUCCAGGUGGUCAAAUGGAUCACUUGCUUCCAGAAAUCAAAAGUUUUCUGAUCUGGUCGUGAAAUGCCUUAUCAAGCUUACAGAGUUAACAUCUUCGUAGAAACAAACUUGUAGAUUUUUCAAUUGACAGAAAGAAGACCAGAAGCAAAACAGGUUUUGUGAGUUUUGAACUUCAAGAGAUUUGUACAAAAUUGUUAAUAUACUACUUUACCAACAUUAUUAAGAAUUUAUCAAAUAUUCAAAGUCACUUGUAUUUUUUUUUUCUCUAUUGCGCUAAAUAGUAAAUACCCAAAG